AUCCUUAUCUGCCUUUCCUUCGCUCUCUUCCUCCACAAGAAAAUCUAGAUCCAAAGAAAAAUAACAUUCUCACACAUGGGUUCUAUUAUUUUCUCUCUCUUUCUUCUUUCCCUUGCAUUUCCUCACCAAACCCAUAAUUUCUUUGUGACUGCUGACUCAAAUUUGAUCCAGAAAACUUGCAAGAACACCAAAUACUAUGGUUUCUGUGUCUCAACCCUCAAAUCUGAUCCCACAAGCAAAACUGCAGACACAAAGGGAUUGGCAGUUAUUAUGGUUGGGAUUGGGAUGGCAAAUGCAACUGCCACCUCAUCUUACUUGUCCUCUCAACUAGUGAGGUCAAGCAACAAUGACACAAACAUGAAGAAGGUGCUCAAGGAGUGUGCUGAUAAGUAUGGCUUUGCUGGAGAUGCCCUCCAAGCGUCAGUGCAGGACUUGGCCUCGGAGUCUUAUGAUUAUGCUUCCAUGCACAUCAAUGCAGCUGCUGACUACCCAAAUGCUUGCCACAAUGCUUUCAAAAGGUACCCAGCUUUGGCUUAUCCUCCAGAACUUGCAAGAAGAGAGGAGGGUUUGAAGCAUAUUUGUGAUGUGGCUUUGGGAAUUAUUGAUAAUUUUGGUUGGUAAUUAAAUAUUGCCUAACUAAAGUGCACUCAAUAAUGCAAGCUUAAAAAGAGCAGAAAAAAAAAAUUCUUUAAUUUUCUCAAUCAUUGUAGUCUACGUUUGUGUUUAUGUUGGUACUGUCGGCUACUUAUUGUAUGAUUUGGGCUUGCAAGUGCCAAUGCAUGACCAAAACAUAUGUGAUUAAUUGCCAAUGGGUCUAGUGUAGUGAAAAUGGUGGCAGACUAGUGUACUCAGUUUCGAACCUCCA